GGCGGCGAAAGCUCUGCGUAGAGUCCCAGCAGAACCAUAAAUCCCGCUUUUACACACCUCUGCUCAGACUUUGUGGACGGUCCCUAACUGGCCCCAUGAGAUCUGAGACGUUCACGGAGCCGCUCUGACUGACUGUUGUUGAACUCUCUACUGGGGAGGGAAAGGUUGGUGAAGAUGCACUGAAACCGACAAAACUGCCAAGAACCCAGACUUCAGUUAUCUGCAGCGGUACACAGUUGUACUGUUUGACAAGUAUGAGGAGCAUCAGACCGACAAAACGGUCUAAACAGUUCUUUAGAGAUGGCUGACAUUGAAGCAAAGAAGGAUCGCCCACUUUAAAGCCAAAGAGAGUAUAUUUCUGUUCUGUUUCCAUUCAUUGGUGUUCAUCAUACCAUGAGCACACUCCAGCAGCUGGGAACAAUGUCUUUUUUGAUCAAAAAGAAGAAGUUCAAGUUUCAAGUGCACUUUACAUUGGAGGAGCUUACAGCAGUGCCUUUUGUUAAUGGAGUGCUUUUCUGCAAGAUCCGGCUGAUUGACGGUGGGGACUUUGCCGUUUCGUCAUCCAGGGAGGAGGUGCAGCAGAACUGUGUUCGAUGGAGGAAGAAGUUCUCUUUCGUGUGUAAAAUGAUUGCUAAUCCAAUCACUGGAGUGUUGGACCCCUGCAUCUGCCGGGUCUCUGUACGUAAGGAGCUCAAAGGAGGAAAAGCCUUCUCAAAGCUAGGUUUUGCUGAUCUCAACAUUGCAGAGUUUGCUGGUUCGGGCUCCGCAGUUCGCUGCUGCAUCCUGGAGGGUUAUGACACCAAAAACACUCGACAGGACAACUCUAUUCUCAAGGUUACAAUUGGGAUGACGCUUCUGUCUGGGGAUCCCUGCUUUAAAACGCCUCCCAGCACGGCCAAAUCUCUCUCCAUUGGGGACGAGGACCCCACCCUGCAGCUGGACUGUAAGGGUGAGAGCACUGAUUCCACAGUGCAGCCACUAGGAGGCAUCAUGGAGGGUCCUCGCGCCUUCAAACCCAGACAGUCGUCAGUACGUAGCUCAGGGCUUCCUGAGGAGGGAGAGAGUGUGUCCAGCCCAGAUGAGGUCUUUCACACUGGACACUUCCGCAGCUCCAGCUAUGCCAGCCAGCACAGCAAGAUUUCAGGCUACAGCACAGCUCACUCUCGCUGCUCCAGCCUGACUGACCUCAGUCACCAUAGGAACGCCUCCUCCAGCAGCAAUGUCUCCUGUGGGCUUGCCCAACCCUGCCAGCUAACUGCCUCCAGCCCCACAGAGCCACACCGACAAGCAUCUCCAACCAAACCAGAGAGACCUCCUCUACCCUCUGCAGCAGCCCUCAUGUCCAACAGAUCCUCCAGGAGAAAGAAGGACACUGUGGAGAGGCAGCCCAGCUGUGUGGACGACACUCGCAUUGAUGCAGAUGACAUUGUUGAGAAGAUUGUACAGAGUCAGAACUUUUCUGACAGCAGCAACAAGGAAGACAGCAACUUGAGACUGUUUGUGAGCAAAGAUGGGACCACUGCCCUCAGCGGGACACAGCUCGCCAACAGAGGGACACCUGGUAUUUUUGAGCCGGUGGUCAUUGAGACUCACUGAAAGAUACUGUACUUUAACAUGUCUCCAGCCUCAUCAACUGGUUAAUGGUUCUGUGACAUCAGAUUGUCUGUGACUGUAUGUGCAAGUAUGUGCAUACUUUAUCUUCAGUGCACACAGCUUGAAAUAAGACUACUAUGAUAUGUAUAUAUAUAUAUAUAUAUAUAUAUAUAUAUAUGUGGAACCUUUUUUAGUAUAUAUUUAAUUGGGUGGUGGGAGGUGUGUUUCACAUGAUUACUGCAUUUUCUCAAAUAGUGGACGGGCCUUUUUUUCUAUUUUACUUUAAAUGAAAAAACAAUCAGGCCUUUAUUUCUAUAUUAUGUUAUGUAUGUUAGGUACAUUUGAAAAAUAUUCCCAUCUGCUCCCGGUUGCUGUGUUAAUACAGGUUUAACAUAUCUACAUAUCUGUUUUACAUUAAAACAAUGCCAUCAGUCCAGGGGGAAUAGUUCCUCCUCUUUUAUUGUGGAACAUCUGCAUGAAGUGUUGAGUUUUAUUACAGCAGCUUAACAGUGGCAAAUUACAGCAAAGUAGAAUCAACCCAAAUUAAUUCAACAGUCAGUGAGAAGUUCAGAGCCUGGCAGUCUGGCGCAACACAUUUUUUAUCCUCAUGCACAGGAAUUAAUAAUCUCUAAAAUUACCUAAUUUAUGUGCACAGAUAAGCAAUUUGUACUCAAGUUAGAAUUAAUAUCAAGUUACUUUAACAGCUGGAAUAUGAGAUGCCUAAAAAUACUGAAUGCAUUUCUUCAUAUUCUUCAUAUUGGGAGGACAUUACAUUCAUUUCAGUUGUCCUUGUCCCGUCACCACUCUUUUUUUUUAUAUGGUUCUGGUGCUACAUCUAAUCAAUACUGGCAUUGCAAUUUUCAGCAAUUAUCCUCCAUUGCCUUAGAACAGCGCCAGGUAACUGACUUAUCAGUGUCCUAAAUUUCAAUAAAUCAUUGACCCUAUUCACUGUACAGGGUUUUACUACCUGCAUUACUCAAUAAAGGACCAGUCUGAAACACACCCAGUGAAACUUUGACCGUGCUAGAUGCACAAAAUACUUGAACAAUACCCUAAAAACCACUGCAUUGUGGUUAUCGUAGUGCAACACUGAAAUAUUUGUCCGUUCAGAAGGGCCUCGUCAGCUUGUAAAACUAAACAUUUCUGAAUAAAAAACAAACAAACAGGAAGUAGCACCUGAGCAGCUAUGAGGACAGACUAUGAAACCCAGUGUUUCACUUCAACACAUGACGGACAACUGGAAAAAUUGUAGAAACAGUGUAUCAGGUUGAUAGCCAUAUAACUUGGAUUUCUCUGUCAUGAGUUAUAAAUACAUGUAACAGCCUGGUCAGUGUUUCUUUAGUCUGGAUCAACGACCAGGGGGGGUGUUCCGGCGAUGUGUGUUGCCGUUGCCGUCUAACUCUGUUCUCUUUGAGGAAAAAACAACAAGCUUCGAGCUAGCAAACUAAACGCUGAAAAUGGCAAGGAUGGAAGAAAAUUGAGCAAAUGACAUUUAACCAUGUAUCAGCUAAUUUAAAUAGCUUACAUUACUGUAUUAUGUUAACAGUUAAAUUCAUUUAACAUUGUAUGUGACGUUUUCUUUUGCGGGGUGCAAAUGUUCCACCAAGACAAGCACAAGAGCUAGGAAAGGUUCUUGCUGAGGGCAGACGUCCUCUGGACAGACUGAGUCAAAAUCAGACUGGAACUAAAAUAUAAGCUUUAAUCCUCUUAUUAUAUUUGAUGACUGUCUAUUAAUAUACUAUUUUGCACAUGUGUACUCUCUGAGGAAGAUUGUUAGGUACCACUAAAAGGAAAUGGAUAUUGCACGGUUGUCGAAAAUGACAUAUGACAUGUUCAGUUUUAAAAUGUCUUUCGUUGUUUCAUUUCAAUGCUUUUGUUAUAGGACAAAAUGUAAUUUGGUGAAUCUGUCGAAGGCUGUUCUAAUGAGACAGCACAAAGCCUGUAUAUAUAUAUAUACAGUAUAUAUGGCUGGCCAUAUGUAACCGUCCAUUCUCUGCACUUCCUAAAUACUUUGAAUUUCAAUGCUCUUAUAAAAUAAUCAAGAAUGUAA